UGAAUCUCGUGUUCUCACUUUAAUAACCGUAUACCUUCCCUUCAAUUUUCUCUCUCUAGAAACCCCCCAAUUUCUUCCGGCGAUCAAAAUGGGCGCAAACGCUUCUUCUCCGCCGGGAAGUUCCGACGGCUCGAGUCAAAGGCCUAAAUUGGAGGAUAUACCGGAAUGUUGUAUUGCACUGGUCCUCUCAUACUUGGACCCGCCGGAGAUCGCGAAGAUGGCUCGAGUCAACCGCGCUUUUAGGGCUGCAGCUUCGGCGGAUUUCAUCUGGAUUCCGAAAUUCCCCUCCAAUUACAACUAUAUCCUCGACAAAUUGCCUGAUCUAGGCCUUGCGGACAAGGGCAAGAAGGUCAUGUAUGGCGGUCUGUGCAGACCUAAUUCUUUCGAUGGUGGCACCAAGGAAGUUUGGAUAGAUAAGAGAACAGGAGGGGUUUGUUUGGCAAUUUCCUCAAAGGCUAUGUCGAUAACCGGAAUAGAUGAUCGGCGGUAUUGGAAUCACAUUCCAACUGAUGAAUCUAGAUUUCAGACAGUGGCUUAUCUACAACAAAUAUGGUGGCUCGAAGUGGACGGGAAUCUCGAGUUCAAAUUCCCGAAAGGAACUUACAGCAUGUUCUUCAGACUCCAUCUCGGUAGAGUCGGAAAGAAAUCCAACCGUAGGAUUCGUAAUCUUGAUAAUGUACAUGGCUGGGAUUUAAAGCCUGCUCAGUUUCAGUUAACUACAGAGGAUGGGCAUCAGUCUGUAUCCAGGUGCAUGUUGGAUAACCUAGGACACUGGAUAAACUACCACGUCGGAGAUUUUGUCGUCGAGGACUCGAACGCGUUGACCAAGAUCAAAUUCUCGUUGACGCAGAUUGACUGUACGCACACCAAAGGUGGUUUGUGUGUUGAUUCUGUUUUGAUAUGCCCGACCGGUUUGGGAAAAGAGUUGAUUUUCGUAGACGGUGAAUCUUGUAAGAAGUUGUAGAUUGUUAGCUGAAGAUCAGAGGGUGUUUUAUUUAUUUAUUUAGCACCGGAGACGAUUUUUGUUUUUCCUUCGUCUCGGUAUUUUUUUGUUUGCUUUUAGUUUUCGAAGAUUUUGUGAGCUCGUGUUCUUGCUAGUUUGUUGUAGAGAUGGAUGCUUGUUGUACAUAAUUUGAGGAAUCAAUCAAUGCUAGUUUUUUAGAACAUUUUUAAUGUUCUUCUUUCCUUUCA